GUUUUUUUAUAGUCAUGUUUACAAUUGUUCAGUCAAAUUGGUAUGUAAAGGAAUCUAUAAAAUGCGUAUCUGCCCACUUUACUUGCACUAGUGAACUCCCUUUUCACCUAAAAAAUUUUUGCCUGUCUUUUUCAUAUGUGUGUGAUCUCACAUCAGUAUUAGGCGGCUCCUGCUCCCGCCGUUACCUCUUAUUUUACCGUUGGAUUCACACAAGUUUUCUGGUUAUUGGAUGUUUAUAUUACAUACCAAGAUUUAUCGCCAAGAAAGUUAUGAAUCCAAGGUUGAAGAAACUCCUUUAUGAUCUUGCAUGUGAUGAAGCUAGGUAUGAUGCUGCUUCGUGUGAGCAAGUAACAGAAAAAAUGCUCAAGUUUGUUGAUAUGGACAGAGGAUCACGUUCACAAUAUCUCUGGCUUGUAUUUUGUCAUGUGAUUGCUUUACUUAUAGACUUUGGCGUUAUAUGUUUCUUUGACUUUAUGUUACAGAAUCGAUUCAUUGGACUUCUGUAUCAUUCUUACCCAUAUCAGCGCAACCCACCACACUUCACUGACUAUAUAUCACAGACAUUUCCACCUUUUGCUAACUGCACAGUCCAUACAGAAAAUCUCAUUAAUGUGGAAAGGGAAGAGACAUUUGGUUGUUAUUUAUACCUCAUGGAAUUAUAUGACAAAAUAUUCAUCGUACUUUGGCUAUGGCUUGCGUCUCUGUCAUUUGUUACCAUUCUUAGUAUAUUGGUUAUGCUUUUGGUUUCUUUUCCACCCUUCAAUCAUUUCUUUUUUAUGCUUGUUCACACCAUCAGUGAGGCUUGGUCAAAUGAGAAAAAAAGUUCAGUCAAUGAGCAACUUGAAUGACCUUUAUACACUGUAUCUCAUGAAGCAACAUUGUAGUGAAAGCCAGUUUAUUAGAUUUAUUGCAAAAUUGAUCCACAAUUCUGAGGAUACUCUUG